UCUACCUUAAAUGUGUUACAGUUGGCGUACCGACAUCACCUACUUCACUGACAGUGAAUAACUUACUUCUUGGUAAAAGCGCUAUAGUUAGUUCAAGAGGAAGAAGACUUGGACCUCCUCCCGGAGCUGUACCUCCUUCUCGCCAAAGCUCAAGCCAUGAAAAAACGUCUUCGAAAGGAACUUUAAAUGAAACAAUCACAUGGAAAGAAGCAAAAACGCGUAAGACUUUAGAUAGACGAAAUUCUGUUAAGUGGAAAGAUAUUAAAAAAGAAAAAGUAGAAGUAGGUAGAAAACCAUCCAUAGAUUUAGAUGAAAGUGGAGAUGGUAUUAUUGUAUCAGAAAUAGAAGCGAAUGAGAUGAUUGCCUCUAUUCGUUCUCGUAGUUCAAGUGAAUCUUCAUCAUACUCGUCGCAUUCUAGAUCAAGUACAGACACAAGCCUUUGCGAUGAAAACGAAGGUGGAAGCGAAUCGGAAACCGAUUUACUAGAUGUAGAUAAAGAAAAUGAAAAUAUAAAGACACAGCCGCUUAAAAACGAACAUAACUCUAAUAUUGAAAAAAUAUCAUCACCAACAAAAAAUCAAGCUAUACCAUUAGAAACCACAAACUUUAAAUCUACAAAUAAAGAAAAUUUAUCAACUGAACUUCAAGAAAGCGUAAGCAAUCCAAUACGACCAAACAAAGAUAAUCUCAACCUAAACCUUUCUGAAUCACAUGCGUUACUUAGCGAUAAUGCGUAUAUAUCUGGUAAUGAGAAUACAUUCUUAUCAACUCGAACUUCUCGAGGUGGCAGGUCCAAUUUUUCCACAGCAAAUUUUACUGCCUUAAGUCCAGUUGAUUUAUCUCCAUACCAUCAUUUAAACCUACAAAAGUCUUCCUUUUGCUAUGACUUUGAAUCUAAUCUUAGACGACCUUCUACUUCUAAGGCUGAUUUAUCCAUAAGACCACCAGAUUUAAUCGAUAGUUUUACAAUGUAUCCUAAUUUUGUACCAGAUAUUGACAUAUCGGACAAAUACGCAUCAGAUAUUGAAAGUCCACUUCAGAGUCCAGAAUCUGAUAGUGCGAUUGUAAGUGAAGAUGAGCCACCUAUUCCACUAAAAGUUGAUAAAUAUUUUGAAAAUAGUCCAGCAUUUUUUGGUGCACGCUUGACAGAUCCGAAUAACGAUAACAUUCCCAGUCGAAGGCCAAUGAAAAGAAAUUCCCGUGUACACAAAAAACCUGACUCAUUAACUAUAACAAGUGAUGAUCAAGAUGAGAUAACUAAUGAAACUGAAAGAGCUUCUUCAUUGCCGCAAAGACACACAUUUGUCUGUAAAAAAUCUGUUAGUCCUGAUAAAGUCCAAGAGAUAAAACCUAAAGACAGUCCUAAAGUAGAAAUCCGUAUAGAUAGUAGAAAUGAGACGUGUAUUGAUGUUAAAAGUCAAACUCUUAAAACGCCUGUUAAAGAAGUUGCCUCUAUACAAACCCCAAAAUUAGAUCAUAGUCCACAUGAAUAUUUUUUACAAUCUGGCCGCAAAAAUAGUGAAAGAGCAUUACAAAUUAUUCAAGAAAACUCUCAAAUUCUUAGUAGAAUACUCACAAAGCAAAAUGUAACAAAUACUACAUCAGACGUAGCUCAUACCCAAAAAAUUAUAAAUAAGGAUAAAGAUAGUAAACUUGAUCUUAUUAUAUCAACAUCGCUUGAUUCUCCAUUACUCAAAGAAUCCACUUCAGAUUCUUUAAUCGGCGGCAUUAAAAGGAAACCUCAUAGUGAGUUAUCCGAUAAAAAUGAUUUUUUAAGAGCUCGGCCAAUUUCAAUCGAUGAUCCUUUCUCAUUUGAAAUGAGAAAAAAAUUACUAUCAGAAGAAUUUUCCUUAAAACACUUAAAAAGUCCUAGUAGCGACUCUCUUGGUAAUCAAACUGAUUUGUAUGGUUGGGAAAAUAAAGGAUUUUUUGCAAAAUGUGAUUUUAAAACAACAUUACUCGAAGCAGAUGAAACUAAAGAUACAGGUUCAAAUAAUAUUGAAACAACUCAAAAUUCCAAUUCUCGAAUGGAAUCUCUCUCAAAUGAUAAAAAACCUGAUUAUAACCGAUAUUCUUUAUCAAGUGAUUCGAAAACGUUUGUAACUCUAUCAUCGGAACUAAAGGACACAUCUACAUAUGAACGGAAAUACACCUCUGAUGAUUACAACUAUCCGAUAUCAACUUCCAGUAAAUACAACGACUAUGUGUUAUCAAAAGUUAGUGAUAUAUGUAGUAGGACACUUGAUAAAGAACCAAAAAUAUGUGAAACAAAAACAGAUAGUCAGUUGAGUGAUUUUUCCCAAAAAGUAACGUCCUCUAUUAGUUUUACUUACGAUCCCUCAAUGGAAGAUGAUUCGCCGAUGGGUGCAAAGAGUAAUUCCAGUGAUACAUUGUGUCAAAUAACGUCCUUGGACCAAAUAUCGACUCCAAUAUCUCCGAAAACGUUUCCGCAGCGUGAGACACUCUCAUUUCCAAAAGACUAUACGAUAAAAAGUGAUACAGUGCGAAUAGAAUCAGAUGAUACGUGUAGUGCGAUAACGUCUCUUUUAGAAACAGACACAUUAUCGUCUUUGUCUAUGCCUCGUAGUCCAUCAUCAAGUUCGUACUAUCCGUUCCCAACAAGACCAGCUCUACGCACUCCUAAAGACUUUGGGGUUAGGUUAGGGCUCUACCCAAAAGAGACAAUCAGUUCUCCACCUAAAUAAUGUUACUUGGAUUUUUCUAACUUUUUACAUUUUGAAUCGUUUAUAUGUGUGAUUUCUUGGAGUUGUGUUGUAUCUUUGCUUAAGAAUAAAGCUGUAUUAUUUUAAGCAGACUGAGAGUGACGGCUGUUUUAAUUGGUAAAUGGAGCAAUAGAUUUUUUUAAACACAUUUUGUACUGUGAUUCGAGUCAAAUUAAAUAUUGAAUGCUAUAUUCGAAUUCUUGUAGAAAUAAAUGAAACCAGUUGCCUUGAAUUAACUAUGUUGAUAAUUAGCGCAAAAUUAUAAUAAGUCAGAUAGAAAAUUUGUUCUCGGCAUAACUAUAGCUAAAAUUUCUAAUAAGAGGAAAGCGUGAUGAUAUUUGUUAAGAGAAUAUUGUCAAAAAUAUAAUAUAUUACUGAAA